GCAAUCGACUUCGUAUUUCGCCGUCUGCUUUUCUCCCUCCCUCCAAAUCCCUCCCAUUUUGAAAAAAAAUACCGCGACGCACUCUCUUUCGAUUCGUCUCACCGUGAACAGGUGCUACUAAACUGCAACAUGGAACGCAAUACAAGACGAAGAAAUGCAUUGAAAGAAUCUCGUACAGGGUUAGGAAAGAGUCCCGUAGAAUGCCGCGUGACGGUGGAUGUCAACGCUCCUGUGCGUGAGGCCGAUGACCUGGUAGAAAAUCUUCCGGUAACAGUGGCACCCGAGCCCAUAGAGCCAACAGAACCAUACGAGGGUAUGGAACUUGAUUCCGAGGAGGCCGUGAAGACAUUCUAUUAUGGAUAUGCUAUGCGGGUUGGUUUUGGUGUCCGUGCAAAUUUGAGGCGCCGCUCGAUGCGGGAUGGGACAACUAUUGGUCUGCAGUUUGUUUGUUCCAAAGAGGGUUUCCGUCGGAAGAAGCACACAAGCAAGCGGGCACAUACAAGGAAAGGCUGCAAGGCAAUGAUUAAGGCCAAGAAGAUAGAAUCAGGGAAAUGGGUUGUCAUAAAAUUUGUGAAGGAGCAUAACCAUGAGUUGGAGGCCCCAAGAAAAGUUCCUCUCCUUCGAUCACGUAAGCGCAUAUCUAAUGCUGUGAAAAACCCGAACUACGUUCCUAGUCUACGAAGGAGGACCCUUGGAAGAGAUGGUCAAUAUCUUCUGGACUAUUUCAAGCGUACACAAGCGAAGAAUCCUUCCUUUUUUUAUGCUGUGCAACUUGAUGAUGAAUACCGUAUGACCAAUUUCUUUUGGGUUGAUGCCAGGUCGAGGAUGUCUUACAAUCAUUUUGGCGAUGUGGUUACAUUCGAUACUACAUAUAGGACAAAUCGAUAUGGGAUGCCAUUUGCUCCAUUCAUCGGGGUGAACCAUCAUAAACAACCAGUCCUAUUUGGUUGUGCUUUAAUACUGGAUGAAAGUGAAGAAUCACUUGUUUGGUUAUUUAAUACCUGGCUUGAAGCAAUGUCAGGACGGCAUCCUGUUGCACUUGUUACCGACCAAGAUCCAGUCAUAGGAUCAGCUAUUGCAAAGGUAUUUCCAAGAACCAUUCACCGCUUCUGCAAGUGGCACAUCUUAAGAGAAUUCAAGGAGCGGCUAGGUCAUGUAGAUGAUAAGCAUAAAGAUUUCACUGUGGAUUUCUUCAAAUGCAUCAGCCUAAGUGAGUUAACUGAUGAGUUUGAACAAUGUUGGUGGUCACUUGUUGAUAAAUAUGAACUUAAGGAGAAUGAAUGGCUUCAGUCGUUGAACAGAAACCGCGAACAGUGGGUCCAAGUGUACUUACAGGACACGUCAAUUUCAAAUAUGUCUAGUAACCUACAAAUUGGAAGUAUAAACUCAUAUUUCGAUGGGUACGUUAGUCCACAUACCUCCUUGCAAGAAUUUAUUACUCAGUAUGAGAAAGCUAUAGAGAGUCGGUAUGCAAAGGAACUUGAAGAGGAUCUUAAAAUAAGUGACAUUAAACCUAUGAAGACAGGAUUGCCUAUGGAAACCCAAGCAGCAGAAAUUUAUACAAGAGCACUGUUCUUGGAAUUUCAAGAGCAAUUGUUCCAAAGUCUUCGUCAUAUUGCAGAACUUAUUAAGGAAGAGGGGCCAAUUAGCUCAUAUAGGGUGGUGGAAUUUGGGGUUGGGAAGACUGCCUACACUGUUACUUUCAAUGUUUUGGAAGUAAGAGCAAAUUGCAGUUGUCAGAUGUUCGAGUAUUCAGGCAUUCUUUGCAGGCAUAUAUUGAGAGUCUUUUCUAUUAAAAAUGUCAUGUUGCUCCCACCUCAUUUCAUUGUGAAGCGGUGGACAAGAAAUGCCAUGAGUAGAGUUGCAUCUGAUGAAGACGAGAUUGAGAUGCAAGGUGGUUGUCAAGAAUCUCGGACCUUGCGAUAUGAUGAUAUUUGCCGUCAAGCCUUUAAAUAUGGAGCUGAAGGGGCAACAACUAAAAAUAUAUACACUGUGGCAAUGCGUGCCCUACGCAAGGCCUUUGAAGACGUUGUUGCUGCCAAAAAGGAUGAUUGGGCAGUCCAACAGCCUAGCAAUCUAGUCAGUGCUAACGUUCACGAAGAUCCUAUUUGUGAAGGGAAUGUUAAUAUGACGAAUGGCAUAAAUCUGCAUGAUCCCCGACGUAGGAUAGCAAGGGGGCAUCCUCCUCCCAGGAGCAUUCUCGAGAAUCAGCGGUUGCAUGGUGGACUUGGUGGGGACCAACUUGGAUUCCCUGACAGAAUUUUGGGUGUUGCCACAAAUACUUCCCUUGAUAUGUACGAACCUACUGGUCUCUUUUCUCUUGACCCUGACAGUUACGCACAGGUUGCCCAUGGAACUAGCUACCGAGAUAGAGAUACCUACCCACAUUGAUCAUGCCACACAAUCAGAUUGCAGUGUAAUGAUGAUCCUGACCUUUGUGUAGCCUGCCGUUUUGAGAGCAUAUUAUCUUAUGCUUAUCUCCCAGAAUUGCUAGAAAAAUCGUCUUGCUGGUAUUAUUUGUAUUGAGAUGGCAGCAGAAGUCAUUCAUGAUGCAAGAGUUGUCGCUAUUUGUUUGAAAUUGGUCUAUUCCCAUGGACAGGUUCUAUUUAAGAUGUAACAGUAUCUUUUCAGACUAAUAUGGAAAGGGAUUUUAAUGCACAGUUCUGCUGAAUUUAGUUUUA